CAAGACGCUCUAUGAGCACUCAAUCAAAGAGCGAAGAACAUUUUUGUGUGAUCAACAAAUUGAGAGAUAAAAUCAAAACACUAUGUUUGGGCCCUUUACAACUACAUUAUUAUUGGCCUUGCUCUUUGGCCUAACUUUUGCUUCUCUUCUUUUAAAAAAACUCUUUGCCAAACAAGAACCUCAACAAUAUGAACACCAAAACUUGCCUCAUGGUAGCAUGGGAUGGCUGCCCUUUCUCGGUGAGACUCUUGCCUUCCUCAAGCCUCACAAAUCAAACUCCUUGGGAAGCUUCCUUCAGAAACGUUGCUUUAGGUACGGAAAGGUGUUCAAGUCUCAUCUUUUCGGCUCGCCGGCGAUAGUUUCGUGUGAUCUUGAGCUCAACAUGUUCAUUCUUCAGAACGAAGACAAGCUAUUCCAAACAAGCUACCCAAAGGCCAUCCAUGGCAUCCUUGGGAAGUAUUCCUUGCUUCUCGUUUCCGGAGACCUUCACAAGAAGCUGCGGAACGUUAUCGUCGGCUUCAUCAGCUCAUCUAAGUCCAAAUCCAAUUUCCUUCAAUGUGUGGAGAAGCUCUUGAUCUCCAUGUUCGAAUCAUGGAAUGACCGCGAACAAGUUUCUUUCUUUAAAGAAGCUAAAACGUUCACACUUAGCCUUAUGGUGAAGCAACUUUUGAACAUUGAACCCGGUGAGCCACAAGCCUCGCAGAUCUUAGAAGAUUUCGAAACAUACAUGAAAGGAUUUGUUUCUCUUCCGAUCUAUAUUCCCGGGACUUCAUACUUCAAGGCAGUAAAGGCAAGAGAAAGACUUGCUUCUACAGUGAAGGAUCUUAUGAAAGAGAGGGCAGCACUGAAAGGAGAAGCGGGAUUAACGGAUGAUGGUCAUGAAGAAGAAUUAGAGGAAGAUGAAGAGGAGUUUUUGGAUGCGAUAUUGGCGAAGGAGAAUCUAAAUGAGGAAGAGAAAAUGAGCAUAGUAUUGGACAUCUUGCUAGGAGGCUACGAGACAACCGCAACACUCAUGGCCUUAAUUGUCUACUUUAUUGGCCACGCACCUCAUGUUUUUCAAAGACUAAAGGAAGAACACCAAUCAAUAAGGGAAAGCAAAAAGGGAAAGGAGCCCUUGAACUGGGAAGAUUACAAGAAAAUGGAGUUCACGUACCAUGUCACGUGUGAAGCCAUGAGGUGUGGGAAUGUAGUCAAGUUUGUGCACAGGAAAGCUCUUCAAGACGUGAAAUUCAAAGAGAUUUUCAUACCCUCAGGAUGGAAAGUUCUUCCAAUAUUUACCGGUGUACAUUUUGAUCAAUCUCUUCAUGAGAAACCCCUCGAAUUUAAUCCUUGGAGAUGGACCGACAAAGAAAUGAGAAAGAAAGUGACACCAUUUGGUGGUGGACCAAGGCUUUGUCCAGGGGCUGAGCUCGCUAAAGUAGUAAUUGGGUUCUUCCUUCAUCAUCUUGUCCUUAAAUAUAGGUGGAAGAUAAAAACAGACGAUUUGCCUCUUGCUUACCCAUAUGUGGAAUUCCGGAGAGGUUUGAUAUUGGAGAUUGAGCCAGCUGAAGAUACAAUUGAGUAACUAAAAGCACUUGAUUAACGAUCUCUAAUACUAGUGCUUAAGUCAAAAUUUGAAUGGGGCAACACACAAAGAUAUGUACAUGCAUGACCAUAUUGUGCAUGGUAAUUACCAAGGCUAUUUGAGUAACUUGCCAAAGUUUCCAUUCCGGAUAGUAAAGGUCUUGUUUGGGAGAGCUUAUUAAAAGAUAUUUAAGUCUAAAAGCUGUUCUGAAAUAUUUUUACUUCUCAUAUUCUACUAAUUAAAAACAAAAACAAAAGCAUGACAAACGGACCCUAAGCCCGUAGGAGACGAGGACCUCAAGCGAUGCUCAUGAUU